UACAACCGACACCGCGCUGAUGGUUGAGUUUCGGUUUCCGUUAAAUCUUUUCAAAAAACAUUUCGAAAAACAUGCGUUAAACUACCGGCAAAAGAUAUCACUGGAUGAUAUUUUAUUUGUUUUACGAGAAUAUAUUGGUAUUAUGAUAGUUCCAUAUAUUCCUCACAACCCAAUCGUUUUUGGGACGUGACGCGGGAUUUUUUGUUUAUGUUCUAUUGCAAACCUGUGUCCGAAAAAAAACCCUUUUUCGAAAAGAAACCGCGAAGUGAAGUGAAAAAAUUCGAAUCCCUUUGUGAAUAUUAAAACAAUAUACCCGCAAUAUUGAUACUAUUUAAUAUGAUUUCAUAUAAUUCGAUGCGAAAUUUCUCACAGAAAUAAUAAACAAAAUUUGCAUAAACAUCUAGCGAUUGGCGGAGAUCUUUAAAAGGUUCCGGCUCCAGCUGAGGAAAACCAAACAGAAAAGACCAAGAAACCGAACAGAAGAAGGCGCACAGCAAAGAGAUAUCAACACCAAAUCGCUUGAAUUCGAACCCAAUCGAAACGCUAAUCCGAACCAGACGCAAUGCACUGCAGCCAAAAGCGUAACGAAAAUCCGACGAUCAAUCUUUGCUAAGGUCGCCCGAAAUUCCCCAAUACAAGGAACAUAAAAAAAAAAAAAAAAAAACAAAUACAUAAACUAAGCCCAAAAAAUCGAAAGCUAAGGCAAAGGAGCUGUGAAAUAGAAUUUUAAGGGGAUUCACAAAGCACAACUCGACGAUGGCCAUGUUGGAGGCAAGGCCGUACAGGCCAUUUAAAUCCAGCGAGGAAUAUCUGGAGGCCAUGAAGGAGGAUCUGGCCGAAUGGCUCAGCACACUCUAUCCGGAGCUGAGCAUCAAUGCCGAGAACUUCAUGGAUCGACUGGACACGGGCGUGGCAUUGUGCAAGCACGCAAAUUAUGUGAGACAGGCGGCAGAGGAUUAUUUGGCCCGGCGACAGGCCCGCAACAAAUCGAUGACCCGAUCCAUGACCUCUGGUCUAGCGGGUCCAAUCCUGGCCCUAGGUAACGUCCAUUACCUUCCGGCCGCCAAAAGCGGCACAUUCUUUGCCCGCGACAAUGUGUCCAACUUUAUAACCUGGUGCAGGAAAAGCCUGAAGAUCAUUGAGUGCCUGCUGUUCGAAACUGACGAUUUGAUUAUGCGCAAAAACGAAAAGCACGUUAUACUCUGUCUUCUGGAGGUGGCACGCCGGGGCGCUAAAUUUGGAAUGUUGGCUCCCAUGCUGGUGCAAAUGGAGCGACAAAUCGAUCGGGAGAUCGCCGCCGAUAACAAGGCCAAUGGAGUUGGCUCCUCGGAAAGCGGUACCCAAACGGAGGCAAUUAAUUCUGGUAAUAGUAUGGCCACAACGACAACAAUAACGACCACCACAGUGGAGACGGAUCUGUAUGAUGACAGUGAUGAUUCAGAGACCGAGGACGAUGGCGAUGAGAAUCCCGUGCUGAUGUACGGCCCCCAGCCCCAGAUAAUCACCAACGAUCUGAAGAGCCUCGAUGAGAUGGUCAGGGAUUUGGUAGAGAAGUGCACAUGCCCCUCGCAGUUUCCCAUGGUCCGAGUGUCCGAGGGCAAAUAUCGCAUUGGCGACACCAAAGUUCUCAUCUUUGUGCGGAUCCUUCGUUCCCACGUGAUGGUUCGAGUUGGUGGCGGCUGGGAUACGCUCUCCCAUUAUCUGGACAAGCACGAUCCGUGCCGCUGCCGUGCCCAACAUCGCAGCUCCGUGGCCGCCCGUCUCAUUCCCCGCCAGUCCCCGAAUCACAAUCCCAGCAAUGGCAUCGAGCUCCAUAAGGCCCAGGUGAUAUUCGAGAGGUCACCACCAGCAGCUCGUCGCGUGUUCAACAGUCCCAAUUACAAUGGGGGAUCGGGAUCGGGAACGGUCACGGGAAUGGGAGCAGGAUCCUCGGCAGCCGGCACAGGAGCAGUGGGCGUGACCCCUCCUCCUCCGAUCCAGAACGGCCACAGCUUGUCACCCAAUUCGGGAAAGUACCGCAGUCGCAGUCCGACGCCACAGCGCAAGUUUCUCAACCAGCAGACAAGCGGAGGAGGCAGUGCAUCCGCAACGGGAUCCAGCCAGACGACAGUCACCACAGAAUCCUCCAGCAGUCAGCUGCUCGGAUCGCCCAGUCUGGCCAGGCGCUCCAUGUCGCCAAGUCCUCGCCGGCUGAUCGAUAUGCGCAAGAAGCAGAGCUCCCUGGACUCGUACAGCAGUGGUCCCAAAUCGCUGCCCGGCUACAGCUGCUCCCUGGAGGAGGCAACUGGAGGAGGAGGAGCAGCGGUUCCGGUCGGAUCGGCAGCAGGAAUGGCCGGCACAGGAAACGGAGGAGGAUCGGGCCCAUCGACGGAGCAAGGUGGUGCCAACAAGUUCGAGAAUAUCAGCGACAAUGGCAGUGAGAUCAGUGACGAAGGCUACCGCAGCCUGGGCGUCAUCCAAUCGGGUGCCCAGAAACGCGAGUCCCUGCACAGUCAGGCCUCCAUCGAGGACGCUGAAAGCAAUGCGCGUCUGGAUCAGACCUCCAGUGACUCGCAGAUCUCGCCCUCCGAUGAGCCGGCGGAGAAGACAGCCGUGGAUAUUCUGGAAGAGCAGGAUCUAAGCAGCCAGGACCGUGAGGAGGAGCACGAGGACUACUCCGUGUGCGAUGGUCCCCAAUCCCUGCCGGCGAUUCUCAGCGGCGGUGCCCACAAACUAAAUGAUAAAUUCGAGCAGUCCGGAGUCUUCAUAACCGACGACGAGAUCACCGUGGACAUGGUGACCAAGGCCGAAGACGCAUCGGUGACUCCAGUGGCUGGAAUACCCACUCCCAAUCUCAGCAAGAUUCCACGCUCACCACUGGCGCAACGUCGUCGCCGGAGCAUCGAUAAUAGUACGUGCGGUGGUGUCGGCGGAAGUCUUCAGGAUUUGACCAGCCGCUCGGGAUUACCAGCUACGGCUGCCUUUAGCCGUAAGCAGCCGGUUUAUCGAUCCGUGCGAACGCGAAACUCAACGGGAGCCACGACGAACACGCCCAUUCCGGUGGCGCCGCCCCGAUCCCGUCAAGCCACCCAGUUGCCCAUGGUGCGCGAUGUCACGAAUACGUGGAGUGGCCGGGCCACUGGGGCACCGAAACGUCGACCUCCCUGCAACGCCGACACCUUUGUGGCGCCCACAAAUGGACAAGGACUGGGGGCUGGAUCCUUUGAGCGCAAUGGCAAGGGACGCUCCUCGCAAAUCCUCUACGACAGCAAUGGUCGGCGGGUGAGGAGCGGAGCACCGGGAUGUACCAGUUCGCUGACCACGUCGCCAGUGAAGAAUCACGCCUCCUCACCGCUGGCCCAACAACUCCUGGAGGCGGCCAGUAGCGCCAAGAACGAUACACAGAUUCUGGAGAAGAUGAAGUCACUGCUCUCACGCUAUGCGGCUGGCAAUCAAGCGAAAGCGGGAGCAACGGCAAAUAAGAUCAACAGUAAUGGCAAGAAGACACCGGUCUACGAGGACUUCACCACGGCCUGGGUGCACAGCAAUGGGAAUCUGGAGCGAUCGGAGAGCUGUUCACCGCCGGCCAAGGCCCGAUCCAAGCGGAGCUCCGCCGCCAGUUCCUGCGAGAGCAACAACUCGAAUGUGGGUGCAGGAGCAGGGGGAACAGGAGGAGCAGGAGGAGCAGGAGGAGCUGGAGCUGGAACUGGAGGAGCAGGAUCAUCCAGUGUGGUAUCGCCCAGGCGGGAGAGGGGCAUGUCCAAGAUCCCGGCGCCAGUGCGCCAUCACACAGAGCUUUACUAGCAGCGCCGGAGGACGCCAAGCGUCCGGGUCCGUUUCCAAGCCAAGUCGAGGGUUUUUUAAAAACAAGCCUCCAAGCGAGCAGAGGAGCUAAACGCUGAAGUGUCUGGGGAUUGGGGGUAGUACAUACAUUAAUGCAUAAGAUAGGGUUAGAGCAAAGCUGGAAUUGUCGUGUGUGUGCGUGGAGAGCGGGAAAAGGAUGAAGAAUCAGGACAGAAUCUGCAAGAGAAUCAGAAGAUGUAGAACCAUUCAAAAGAAAGGGCAAUCAAAAGAAAACCCCUAUAAGUCCAGUAACUGAAAGGUGAAGAACUCUAGAACAUUGGAGAAUCGGAGGUGAUCCCACUCCAAAAAAGAAAUCCAGGGGAAAGCCAUAGAUAUAGGAUACCCAAGACAGAAUCAGGAUCGGGAAAGUGUCGAGUGGAGAAAGUGAAAACUGAAACUGCCUCAAGGACAGACAGGUCAGAAUCCCUAGCAGCCAGAGACCCCCAAGCAUAUCCCUCUUAUAAACAGCUCUCUGUAAGUAAGCUUUUCUUAAAUUCAACUAUAAAAAAAACCCUCUGUAAUCGUCGUUAUAUAAGCUCCCGUAUAACCACUUAAUAACCUACCUUUAUGCGCAGACUUCAAUUUUCUUGAGCUUCAUAUUUCCAAAGUCAGUUAUACAUUUUUGUGACUCUAUCGUAUACGUGCAUUUUCGUAACCCAAAUCGAAAGCAUUUGAUUUGUAUUUAACGUAAGAUAUGAAUUUUGGGAUACCCCCAUUAAGCUUCGAUCUGUGCUGAUCUAGGGUAAUGAAUUAACCAUAUAUACAAUCCAAAUUUGAGACUCGAGUAAAAAUUUUAAAUCAAUUUUUUUCUAGGCCUAGAACAGGAAUUUUAGAUCUACACCAAAAGCCACAAAAGCAAAACAAUAUCGAAUAUAUCUAUUAAAAAAGCAUAGGCACACACACACACUCACAAUUGCAUACACAUAGACGAAGCAUAUACAUAGUUUUCUAGAAAUUUUUAAAGUAAAGCCAACCAAAUUCUUCAGAUUCGUUUCUUAGCGAAGCAGAAUACAUUUAUUUUUGUACGCUUGACCAGAAAAACCGUCGGAGAUCGUGGGAUCUGAAAAGAAGAAUAGCUUUUAGACAACUCGACUUUUACAGUAUAGCUAUAUAUAUACAAGGAAAAGUGGAUUCGGUUAGAGAUAUAUAGAAAGCAUAGCUAGGAAAUGAAGCGAACGCCCCCGCAAAACACCUCCGAUAUGUGGGUGCUCCUUGGUCUGGGAACUCCAAAAUCACGCUCUUCAAAACCACAAACCUGCACCACCAAAAACACCACACACACACACCACACUAGGAAAACAUACAGUGCGUUUCGGAACUGUAAGGCAGUUAUAAGAAGUUUAGUUCGAAUUUAAUGACCGUUUAAUCGCACUAUAUAUUAAAAGAAAAAUUAGCUAACUGUAUCGAAUUAAUCAAAGAAAUGCAAAAUCAAAGCGAUUCGAUAACAGCCCCAAAACGCAUUGUAAAUUACCAACAAUACUUUAUGACACACAUAAAAUAUAAACACAAAACAUGAUAAAACGGUCACAAAAAAAAAAAAAAAAAGAAAAAUAACUGAGAAACUAUAGCUUUUGAUGGGACAUACGGAUAUCGUAGAGCGAACGAACGAACCAUAGCGUAAUUUUCAGAACUUUUUAAAUUUCUACAACUAUAAACCAUACAUAUAUACUGAUUAUUAUUUUUUUUCUUUAGCUUUAACAAUGUUAACAUAUAGUUUAGUACAUCGUACCUAUGAUCAUAACUAUAUAGAUUGUAAAUUGUGUUUGUCUAAUUGCCCCCAUGUUGUAUAGUUCUUAUGUACUCGUAAAAUCGGCCUUAAUGUUCAGUCUGUCGAUACCUUAAAUAUCAGUUUUAUAUUGAAUUUUUUUUUUUGAUUUUGUAUUAUUUCUUUUUGAAUUUAAGUUGCGUUUUUUCAGCUUUUUAUUGUACACCAAAUGAUACCAAUUUAUGUAUAGAAUCGAAAUGGCGAAAGAGAUCGCAACCAAAAUAAUUAAUGAUUAAUUGUUUAACAAUUAAAUUAUUCCAAUACACACACACAUACACACAUAGACAAAAAAUACCCAUACACAUACACACCUGACCCGUGGUGAAUUUAUAAUUAUAGAGAAUUAAGCAAUUUGACCGAUUUGCAUGCCAAAAGGUUGAUAACAAUUCGAGCAAAGAGAGGAGGAGAUUACACCACGGGUUCUCGAGCGCUGGCCAUGAUGAGCAUUGCAUCGCAUCGCAUAUAAUAUACAUAUGUAUUUGGAUAUAUAUCGCAGAACAUAUAAAGUGUAUUUUAAAUACAGCUAAAAGUGUAAUUAUCAAUUCAUUUCAAAAGCAAACUAACUAUUACAAAUGGAAUAGAUUAGACCGCAAGGGUGUACUCUAAGCGAACCAGCAGCAUAAUUGAUUUUAAUCACAAGAAUUUAAUUAAUAAAAGCCUAUAUACAAAUAUAUAAAAACGAA